AUGUCUUCAACCGCUCAGACCACCAUUACCAACGUUGACAACAACGACAUCGCCAACACCGUGGUUGUUGGCAUCAUCCUCGGUGUUGUCUUCUGCAGCUUCUGGGGCACCGUCAUGUUUAAGCUGUUCGCGUCCAAGAUCUACGUGCUCAUCCACCGAGUCAACACCCUCACCGAACUCACUCAGAGCAUACAAGCGCAAGUCGCACAAGUGCAAGCCGCUCAAUUCCGUGCGACCAACAUGGCUCCAUACCUUCGGCAGCAUCGAUUCGCUCGUCUUCGUCACGCUUUGCGCCGUUUGCAAGGCGCUCAGGAGAUCAUGAGUAUAUUGGUCAAUGUUACAGCGACAGUCACUCUCGCUCUUUGGCUUUCCCGUAUGGUGGUCCAACCUUUGUAG